AUGAGAAACGUUCUCGUCGUGGUUCUUUCGCUCUUCUAUUCGGUGUUUUCGCUGCCGUCCGUCCGUCAUCCUUCAUUGUAUACGGGUGGGCAGCCGUCAUUGCCUGUACUUCGCUGGGGAAAUGGUGUCCCAGCUCCCACCAACCUGAUCGGGCCUCAGGUCCAACUAGCACAGGGUCUCAUCACAGGUCUGAGCAUGUCUCAAUUCGGCCAGGAUUAUUUCCUGGGCAUCCCCUAUGCUCAACCUCCAUUGGGCGGGUUGAGGUUUGCGAAGCCACAACCACCGAAACUGAAUACGACUCACAAGAUAGACGCCACCAGGUACGGAAAAGCCUGUCUGCAACCGACCAGCGUAUGUCUAACAACUUCUGACUUGUCAGAAGAUUGCCUUUUUAUCAACAUCUUCCGACCUUCAAACCUGGCCCUCGGCUCAAAACUUCCUGUAAUGGUUUGGAUCCAUGGAGGAGCUUUUACUCUUGGUGCAUCACAACUGUAUAAUGGAUCGGUGAUCGUCGGGCAGAGUGUUUUUCUGAACGAAUCUGUCAUCUAUAUUUCCUUCAAUUACCGUCUAAACGCGUUCGGUUUCCUUGGCUCUCCUGAGUUGGGGCACGAUUCUGAGGUCGGAACGCUCAACGCUGGCCUACACGAUAUGAUCGGUGCAUUGAAAUGGGUACAGGAGAAUAUUGGUGCUUUUGGAGGAGAUAAGGAUCGAGUGACAGUAUUUGGUGAGUCGGCGGGUGCGAUCGGGAUUGGGUCUCUCCUUGUCGCUGGAGGGGGACAUUAUGUGGAACAGCACAACUUAUUUCAUGGUGCCAUCAUGGAGAGCGGAGCCCCAGCAAGUUUUAUCCCCGUUCCCGUUGUGUCCGAUCUCCUUCCCUGGACAAAUAUCUUCGCUGGAGCGGCAGGCUGUCCCCCCUCCAACUCCCCGAUCAUAUCAUGCCUUCGUUCAAAACCCUCUGAAAUACUUUAUCAAGCUUCACUCGUGGCGUUAAAUGCCACCAAGUAUGCACUCGCUUUCCCCCGAGUUGUGGAUGGAUUCUUUUUUGAUAAGGGGAAACGCGCAGCCGAACAGGUCCGAAGGGGCGAUGUAGCAACUGUGCCCGUUAUCGCUGGGUGCAAUCUCGACGAAGGGACAUUAUUUGUACCGCAUACGUUCAAUACUACGAACGAAAUGUUGCUUUAUGUUGGAAAUCUCAGUGCAGCGACACCAGAGCAAACGAAGCUCUUCAAGGUCCUUCUGAAGUUAUAUCCCGAUAUUCCUGCCAUUGGAAGUCCCUAUAAUCCAGUCGGGGCAAGUAAAGACGAUCGAUUUUUUGGCCAGAAUAAUCAGUACAAGAGAGCUGCAAGUUUGUUUGGGGAUGGUGCCUACCAGAGUGGUCGACGUGCAUUGCUGGACACAUAUGUCAAGCGCAAUGUGGAUUAUCCCGCAUGGACAUACCUUUACACCCAAGUAAUACCAGACACACCGGCAUACUUGGGUGUUUAUCACGGAAGUGAGGCUCCGUCCGGUGAGUUCUUUUCAUUACAAAGAAGUGGGAUUCUGAUCUUCAUGCUCUCGCUUGCCUUGAUUGGAUAUUAG